UCCGGUGUUUGCUGGGCUCUGGGCGGUGCGGCCGCUGUCUGCGGUGUCGAAGAGAGACUCCGCCCCCUGCUCGGUGUCACAGUCCUUAUUUUCUGUCGGAGUUCGGCGUGCGUGUGACCACGUGUAACUGUUUUGGGAUCAGAUUCUGAAUCCUAGCCGUUCCAGGAUCACUAUACUUACCUAAGGGGAUACUGGCGUGGGAGGGCCGGUCAGUAGUCGGGGGAAAGGAGACCGGGAAUCUGCUUCUCUGGGUGACUUUAGGCAAACCCCUUCCCUUGUCCAGGCGUGCUAGGGUGGGCAUUCUUGAAAAGGUCAGGUGCUUGGUGGGUGGAAUGCAGGCAGUUGGGGUUUUGCAAGCCAGCCAGCUGACUGUGAUGCAUAGCCAGGUGUGGGGGACCCACGACAUGCUGAGCGACCCUUCCAACUUCAACAUCCUCUACUUCCUUUCUAGGACAUGGUGUUAAAAGUGGGAACUUGAAAACACCGAGUUCUGUGGGCCCACUUGGCCACCAAGCCAAUUUUUUGCAUCUGGGACAGAGCCUGGGCAAUCUUUCUCUGCCCUGCUGCCGACUCCCAGGCCUUUGCUUUAGGGAGACAGAAUGGACAGGUUCCUGGUGAAGGGGGCUUUAGGGGGCCUUUUGGGAAAGAGGGAGCUAGAGGUGAGUGGAGAAGGCCCAGCAGGGCCGAGAGGAGAGGAGGAGAGCAGCAGGAAGAGGCCCAGGGCAGAAACCCCAGGGAAUGCAGGCCCCAGCUGGCGGCACAUCCGAGCCGAGGGCCUGAGCUGUGAUUACACAGUCCUGUUUGGCAAAGCCGAAGCGGACAAGAUUUUCCAGGAGCUGGAGCAAGGAGUGGAGUAUUUUACAGGUGCACUGGCCAGGGUCCAGGUGUUCGGGAAGUGGCACAGUGUGCCCAGGAAGCAAGCGACCUAUGGCAACGUGGGGCUGACCUACACGUUCUCGGGCCUCACUCUGUCUCCAAAGCCCUGGAUCCCAGUUCUAGAGCACGUCCGGGAUCGUGUUUCUAUGGUGACAGGAGAGACCUUCAACUUUGUGCUUGUCAACAGGUAUAAAGACGGCUGUGACCACAUCGGUGAGCACCGAGAUGAUGAACGAGAACUGGCUCCCGGGAGCCCCAUAGCUUCUGUCUCCUUUGGGGCCUGCAGAGACUUCUUCUUCCGGCAUAAGGACUCUCGGGGGAGAAAGCCCACCCGGAAGGUGGAGGUGGUCAGGCUUCAGCUGGCCCACGGAAGUUUGCUUAUGAUGAACCACCCGACCAACACUUACUGGUACCACAGUCUCCCCGUACGAAAGAAGAUUCUAGCUCCACGGGUCAAUCUGACAUUUCGCAAAAUUCUGCCCGCUAAAAAGUAAAAACUUUGUCGGUGGUUUGUACUUCUCUUUUCUCCUUCCCUCUCUACUCCAAGACAGAGCUGGCUUCUCUUUUCCCAACAGGGAACAUAGGAAAGGCUGCAUCCAAGCAUGGGGCUUAUUACCUAACAAUGCAGAAUUCAGAAAGAGGAUGGUUGUAUCAAGUUGGUCAAUUAUGAAAAAAUACCAGUUGGGUUUUUUUUUUUCCUAACAAAAAGAUUCUUUUAUUACUAUAAUACACAGCAGAUACAAAAGGUACCUUUAGCAAAUACAUAAAUCAGAAGUUAUUAUGGCAUAAACUACUAGUUUAACUUAGGUUUUUGCCCAGAGAAGCCGCUCUGUAAAUAACUUAAAGCUAGAAAGAUGAGGUGGCUGCUACUUAAUGCCUAAUAAUUUACAAAAUGAAGAAGUCAGCUUUGAGUCUGGGUCAGAGACCGUGCAUGUCCACCCCAGCCUCUGACCCGCCAUCCACUUAACAGCUGAACGUUCCGGGCCCGGCAUCUCUUUAACAGCAGAUUUCAAAGGGGAAACGGCGGCAGAAGAGCAGUUACUGAAAGCUACAGUUUUGCAGUGCGGUGUAAGGGUCACGUCACCGGGUGUUUGUCCCCCGGACUCAGGCAAAACAGCUGUACUCGAGGCAACAUCAAAGCCAGGGCCUGCGACGGAACUGGGAGGGACGCUUCACGCUGCUCUUCUCUCCCGGACGUCCGGGGCCUGGAGAACCUUCCAGUGUGUUCAGUCGGUCGAGAGCUGUGAGUCCUCGGGGUGUGUGCUGGGCCCGGCAGGACGGCGAUCACCCGGGCCCCUUGCGCUCUUUGCAGACACCCAGGCCUGGUCUAGCAGUGUCUGCCAGCCCACCCCCACCAGGGGAAGCCUGGUUCUCAGCCUCUCAGCCUCACCUCGGGUGACCUUUUAGAAAGUUCGAAUUCCAAAUCUUAACUCUAAAGAGUCCGUUUGAAUUUUUUUUUUUUUUUUUUUAUAAAAAACCUAGCUAGAACAUAGAUUCCACUGUGUCCUCAAACUUCCUGUGGUGCUGGGCUGCAUCCAUGAGCCUUCUCCCAAGAGGGAAGAGAAUGCCCAGUACAGUCUUUGUACAGCUGAUGUAGAGUACGGACCUAUAACAAAA